UAAAAAGUAACGAUUUGUAUGAAUUCAACAUUUCAAAGUCUACAAACCAAUGCAAAUUUUUUGUGUUUUGCUUAAUAGAAAACUUAAUAGGUAACUCAUAAAGUAAAUUAAAAUGGGACGAAAAGCCAAAUUUGAUGGAACAACUGUUCCAAGUGGUCCUGGAAGAAAAGCAAAAAAACAAGGAGAUCCAACAUUUCCAAAAGGAGUAUUAGAAGAAAAAGAUUUAAGUCAUAGACAAAGGCAACGUGCAAAGAAAAGAUUGUUAAAACAGCAAAACAUAAAAGAAAACAUAAAAAAGUUACAAAAAGAGAAAGAUAAGAAGUUAAAGGACAUUGGAAGUAAAAAUCCAAUCAAAAGUACCAUAAAACAAUUAAAGGUAAAGAAGAAAAAAAAACCUUUUACAAAUGGCAAUUUAAGUGAUGAAAAUGAUCAAAUGCAGUUUGAUAAUGAUAGUAAUGUAUCUAAUAAUGAAGAAGACAUGGAAGACAAACAACAAAUAAGUCCAAAAGAGAAAUUAUUUGAAAGUGAUACAGAGGAUGAAAAUGAUAAAGAAUAUGAUGAGCAUGAUCAAGAUGAGGAAAUGGACGAAGAUGAAGAAGAAAUAAUAGAGGAUACUGAUGACAAUGAUGAUGAGCUACUUCCCAUAGAAAAAGCAAAUAUAAGGCUAAAAAAGAAACAAAAAGAAGAACAAAAACUAGCAGAAGAGGAAAUGAAAGACAUGACAUUACAACAAUGUGUCUUUACUUUUCCAACUGAGGAAGAACUUGCAGCAGAUACUAAUCUUAAAGACAUACAGCAACGUAUAAAAGAUGUUGUUAUGGUAUUGUCUGAUUUUAAACGAUUACGUGAUAUAAAUAGAUCACGUUCGGAAUACAUGGAUCUCCUUAGAAGAGAUUUAUGUAUAUACUAUAGUUAUAACACAUUUUUAAUGCAGAAAUUAAUGCAAAUAUUUCCAUUGGAUGAGUUAUUAGAAUUUUUGGAAGCGAGUGAAGUUCAGAGACCUAUGACAAUACGAACGAACACAUUAAAAACACGUCGUCGUGAUUUGGCAGAAGCUUUGAUUAACAGAGGGGUCAAUUUAGACCCAAUAGGCAAAUGGACAAAAGUUGGAUUAGUAGUGUACUCUUCACAAGUUCCAAUGGGAGCAACACCCGAAUAUCUAGCAGGGCAUUAUAUUUUGCAAGGUGCAUCUAGUUUUCUACCUGUCAUGGCUUUGGAUCCUAAAGAGAAGGAAAGGAUUCUCGACAUGUGUGCUGCACCAGGUGGGAAGUCAUCGCACAUAGCAGCACUUAUGAAAAAUACAGGUGUACUUUUUUCAAAUGACGUUAACGAGGAAAGAAUAAAAGCCGUUGUCGGUAAUUUCCACAGGCUUGGCAUUGUGAAUUCUGUAAUAUGUACUUAUGAUGGACGAAAAGUACCAUCGAUAAUUAAAGGUUUCGAUAGAGUCUUAUUAGAUGCACCAUGUACCGGCACUGGUGUUGUUUCGAAAGAUCCAAGUGUUAAAACAAAUAAAGAUGAAAUAAAUAUACAGCGUUGUUGUACACUACAAAGAGAAUUACUUUUAGCAGCUAUAGAUUGUGCUAAUGCACGUUCGGAAUCUGGUGGGAUUGUCGUUUAUUCUACAUGUUCAAUUCUUCCGGAAGAGAACGAAUGGGUUAUUGAUUAUGCCCUCAAAAAGCGCGACGUAAAAUUAAUGCCCACUGGCUUGGAAUUUGGCGCCGAAGGUUUUACAAGCUAUAGACAGCAUAGAUUUCAUCCCUCAUUAAAAUUAACGAAACGAUUUUAUCCACAUGUACAUAAUAUGGACGGAUUUUUUGUAGCGAAAUUAAAAAAAUUUUCUAAUAUUGUUCAUAAAAAGAAAGAUGCAAAGGAAGAAUCUUUUGAUUAG